AUGGUGGCAUUGUCUGAGUUUGGUUCAUCACAGGCUGCUACCCUCCUAGCUGAUCUUCAGCUGGUCCUUAGAGAGCUGUCGUCCUGGUCGGGACUGUGUCAGGGUCAGGGUGGGCUGUUACCUCCUGGACCUGUGUAUGGAGCAGUGGGAGACAAAGUUCUGUUCAACACCACCAUCACUCCAUCAUCAACACCACUCCUGUCAGUGUCCUGGACUUUUAAUGGUGUUCAUAACGUCAUCAGAUAUGACUCCUCUGGUAACACUACAGAUCCUGUCUACAGAGACAGAGUCACUCUGAACAUUUACACUGGAACUCUGGAACUGAGAGAUUUGACCCUGGAUGAUUCUGGAACUUACCAACUGGCUAUAACAACUGCUGAAGGAAUGGCACAACAAGACCAGACUACUCUUAAUGUGUUUGAGCGAGUCUCUAGUGUAACUGUAUCAGUCAAUGACACAGACCUGGUGGAGUUCAACAGCUCUGUCACUCUCACAUGCUCCGCCUCUGGCUCCUCCCCCUCAUUCCGCUGGCUGAUUGACAGCUCUGAGGUCACGGCCAGUGGGCGUGUCCAGCUCAGUGACGGAAACCGAACUCUCACCAUUUCCAGUGUGACCCGAUCUGACAGGGGACCUUACACAUGUGAAGUGUUUAACCCUGUCAGUAAACAGACGAGUCAGUCAAUAACCCUCAGCAUUAACUAUGGCCCAGAUAAACCAGCAGUCACUGUGACCCCUCAGAACCCAGUCUACAGUUCAGGUUCUGACCUCACACUCACCUGCUCAGCUGAGUCCAGACCCAAUGCCCAGUUUCAGUGGGCACUGAACGGAGCUCUGCUGGGCAGAGAGGGUUCAGAACUCAAACUGGACAACAUUCAGACCAGUCAGAGUGGCAGCUACACCUGCUGGGCCCAUAACACCAGAACCCAGAGAUACAGCACAUCUGGUCCCAUUAACAUCACUGUACUGGAGAGAAUAUCUGGAGUUUCCCUCACUGGUCCAGCACAACCCCUAAUAGAAAAUCAAAGUUCUGCUAAUUUAACCUGUGAGGGAACUGGCUCCAUCAUCACUAUAGAAUGGAUGAAGGAUGGUCAGCCUCUGUCUCCUAGCAACAGCAUCAUCUUCUCUGCUGAUCUGAGAUCAGUGUCCAUCAGUCCAGUGAGGAGAUCAGACAGUGGAGAAUACCAGUGUAGACUCAGUAACCCUGUCAGCUCUGACACUGCAACCUACACAAUGACUGUCAACUAUGGACCAGAGAACGUUUCCAUCAGUGGACAGAAUGAGGUGGAGGUGGGGUCAAAGGUGAGUCUGACGUGCUCUGCUGAAUCCACACCUCCUGCCUCCUUCAUCUGGAUGUUGAAUGAAAGAGAAACAGGAGAAACUACAGCCUCAUAUUCCAUAGAGAAGAUUGACUCCACACACAGUGGGAAUUACACCUGCACAGCCUGGAACAGUGUCACCUCACUCAACACAACAGUUCACCAUCAUUCAACAGUUAAAGAUGAGGGGUCUCUCAGUGGAGGAGGAGGGGGUCUCUCUGGAGGAGCCAUUGCUGGAAUCAUUAUUGGGGUGAUCGUCGGAACAGGAGGUGUCGCUGGUCUGCUGUUUUACUUAACAAAAGCUAAAACGAGUCCGCGGACGGGCGGAGAGGAGGGGCGAGGAAACCGCCAGGCCCCGCCCCCUUGA